AAUCUCCCUAUUCUACGCAAUGCACUCCCUAUAAAAACGGCAACCUAACACCGUCGUCCUCUUGCUUCUCUCACUCCAUCAAUUCUCUAUCUAGGUUAUACAUUAUCUGUGUGAAUAUGUCUGACGAGGAGCAUCAGUUCGAGUCCAAGGCCGAUGCCGGAGCUUCCAAAACUUAUCCCCAGCAGGCUGGGACUAUCCGUAAGAACGGAUACAUUGUCAUCAAAGGCCGUCCUUGCAAGGUUGUUGAAGUCUCGACCUCCAAAACUGGAAAGCACGGUCAUGCCAAAUGUCAUUUUGUUGCUAUUGAUAUUUUCACUGCAAAGAAGCUUGAAGAUAUUGUCCCAUCUUCCCACAAUUGUGAUGUUCCACACGUCAACCGUACUGACUACCAGCUCAUUGACAUUUCUGAGGAUGGAUUUGUGAGUUUGUUGACUGAUAAUGGCAACACUAAAGAUGACCUCAGGCUUCCAACUGACGAGCCUCUGCUAACUCAGAUCAAGGAUGGCUUUGCUGAGGGAAAAGAUCUGGUUGUGAGUGUUAUGUCAGCCAUGGGAGAGGAGCAGAUCUGUGCCCUUAAGGAUAUUGGUCCUAAGUAACUUCCUUGGAUGUGGUUUUGAACCUUAAACUUGAAGUCGUGAAAUUAAUAGAUUAGAGAAGGGAUGAAAGAGGCCGCCGUCUUCGUGUUGUAAUGACUGAAUGACGGUAACAGCCUCUACUUAAAAAACUUCCAUCUCUGGUUUAAAUUGUGAAAUUAAUAGAUUAGAGAAGGGAUGAAAGAGGCCGUCGUAUUCGUAUUGUAAUGACUGAGUGACGGUAACAGCCUCUACUAUAAAAAACUUCCAUCUCUGGUUUAAAUUAUGUUUUUGUUACUUCAAGUCUCAUUAUUGUGUUUUACAUUUGAUUGUAUUGUAUUGUUAUGAAAGUUGGAAUUUGCCAUCAAUUGGUAUAACUUUUUGAAUA